UAAGCAUCCCUGUUGUCUCAUUUGUAUGUCCUUGGUAUUGAGAUUUUGGCGAAAAGAAAGAAGUACGUCAUAGCUUAUCUUAGAGGGCGUCCUUCUUUUUAAACAUGCCGCCUGCUCGGUAUCAUGACAAUAAUGUAUAGUGAGCUUAGCAUUUGAGGAGGAAUUUCGGUCAAAUGUAAGAUCAGAUUUGUGCGGUGUAAUUAUAUCAGAUUUCAAUGGCGUGCAAACACUUGGGUAUCAGUUGGAACACCCUGUUUUAUAAAUGGGAUGUUGAGGCACUCGAAGGUUUGAGGGCAGAAUUUCGAAGUCUCCCAUCUCCUCCAACAAUGUGUACGGUAUGGUACUUGAACUACAUCUCAGUUAACGAUAUUUCAUCAACGAUUACUGUGCAGCUGUGUAGGGAAAAUUCUGGUAAGAAACUUCAUAUCAGAGGAAUUGUAUAUUACCUUUUUAAAUAUGAUACUAUUUUCAAGCGUUGCUUGGAUUAUAUUAUGGACAGCGAUACCAAGCAUGUAACAAUUUUAGAAAAUACUCGGUACCAAUUUCCCGAGCAACAAGUAAUGGUAAACUUGGAUGCAUGGAUUACAGAAUUAACAGAAACUGAAGAAAAAUCUGUGCAGCCUCUGUCAACUUUCCCUAAGCUGUUGUGCGAUAUGCAUGAAAUGUAUGAAAAGCAGGAUCACUCCGAUUUAAUUGUCAUCUGCAAAGGCGUGAAAAUCCGUGUUCACAAGUGCGUGCUUUCUGCCAGAUCUCCAGUAUUUGCUAAGAUGUUCCAACAAGUCACCACUGAAAGCAACGACAACCGAAUAGACAUCACGGAUAUCGACCCUGAUAUCCUGGAAGAGCUGCUGAAGUUUUUUUAUUGUGGUAAAAUAAACCCGUCCAGUUAUUCAAGGGCCCAUGAUUUGUAUUUUGCAGCUGAAAAGUAUUUCGUAUCGGAUCUCAAAGAUAUGUGUCGGGAUAUAAUUAUAUCCUAUUUGACUAUUACAUCAGCUGUCGAAACGUUAAUUUUAGCUGAUAAGCACAAGGAUAAAGAAAUGAUGCAGAAAGCAAUUACUUUUAUCGCCUCUUCAUUCCAGUACGUGAAGUCAACAGAACCGUGGAUAAUUCUUCAGCAAGAAAAUUCCCCCUUAGCGACUAAAGUUUUAUCUGAGGUUGUUGAAAAAUCGCAUUCCAAACACAGUGAUAGUGUGUGACGUAUUUUUUAUUCCAUGAUCGAUAUUUUGUCACUCAACAAAUCUUAUCAUCCAGUCUGAUUCAUAUUGGGAAAUUAGUAUAAUAUAUGGGAAUGAAUACAGUGUCAUUUUUGUAAAUUACAGAUGAUUUUUAACAGGUUUCGUGUUUACAAUGUUUAGAUUGCAGUUAUCUUGAAGUAAAUUAAAAAGCAAGUAUUGUACUUGAUUUUUUGUACGUAAGUGACGGUAAUAUAGCAUUUUAUUGGAAUAUGUGUGUUCUGUUUUUACAUUAUUAUGCUUAUAUUUUAACUCAUAAAUGUUUUUAAAUUAAAAAUGCUACGAAAAGAAUUGUUAAAGGUAUUCUUUGCAUAGAUAUGACUUUCAAUUAAGUCCGCGUAUUGCUUUGAAAACGCUUGUCUUGAAAGUGCAUUAAUUACUCAUAGUUUUUAUGCAUCAGUUUUUAAUACCAUUCACAGAAAUCUCUUUUUUAUCUAAAGUGUUUAAUUAGUAAUAAAAACCAUAUGUUUAUUCAUUUGCUUUUUCGUUCUGUAGCUGCAAUAAGGUAAAAGAUUAUGAAUGAUGUUUGUAUACGUAUUUAUUAUCUUUUCUCACUGCAAUGUAUACUUUUU